CAGAAGCAGGAAGGAGGAGAGGGAGACAGCAGGCAGUGCAGGCAGUGCAGGCAGUGCAGGCAAGGAAGGAGAUGGAUACAUUGUAUGUGGACUGUGCUGGAUCUGGGGAUGUGAAUUGAGAAGACAAGGAGGAAUAAGGGAUUCAAAUAAGGAAUAUUUCUGGAGGAAGGAAUGAACCAACCGAGGAAGACAUUGAUUGAUUGGCAGCAUUGAUUGUGUGCAGCAGAAGAUAGAAGCUGAUGCCGGCUUGCUAGCUAAUGCCGGCUUUUUGGCUAGUGCCGGCUUGUUGUUGGCUAGUGCCGGCUGGUUGCCUGAUGCCGGCUGUUUUUGCUGGAUGGCUCUGUACUGCAUGAAGUGGGGGCUGUGAGCAGCAGGAGGAGAAGUGAUGAGCAGCUUUGCUGGGACUCUGCUUGGAUGCUGUAGUGUUGGUAGUGCUGUAGUUGUGGCACAGCCCGGAUAGCCGCUGGGCUGCCGGCAGGUGGAUCCUGUCCCUACUACUGCAGCGCUACAUGGAAACUUUAAAUGCUGAGCCCAGGCUGCAGAGCCAUCCUCAGGGGGACAAGAAGAGGGUGAACAGGGCCCCCUCCCCUGCCCGACCCUUCCUGAGGGACAGCCACCCCCGGGGACCCGCUGCCAAGCCCUCAGUGCUGCCCCCUAAGUCCCCCAGUAGCAGUGCCAGGGCUCAGUCCGCGGGGGGCCCGGGCACCCACAGCCGCCUGUCCAGACGCAGUGCCCCGGGGCCCAAAGACAAGCCCAGCCCGGUGAAGGCAGGCAGCGCUAAAGCCUCCCUGAGCACCAAGCGGGUAUCCAGGCCGGCUCAGGGACCCGGGGAGCCCGGCUACAAGGGGAGCAGCUCCAGGAGGGAGCUCCAUGCACCUCCCUCCCCACAGCCAGCAGCAGGGGCCAGCCGCAGGAGGGGGCCGAGGUUGGACAGCCCGGGGCAGGGGGUGUGCAGCAGCCUGGUCCGGGUCAGUCACACCGACAGCAGCUCCGACCUGUCUGACUGCCCCUCCGAGCCCCUCUCUGAUGAGCAUCGCCUCCUGCCAGAGCACAGCAGCGACAAUGAGUCCGGCUCCAGUGAGAGGGUGGCAGCGGUGCCGGUCAUAGUGCUGAAUUCAGGGGCAGAGAGGCAGCACGGGGCGCCCCCCAGCGAUGAGCACCGGGAGCCGUGCAGCACUGCCUGUAAGAGACCCUCUGCGCAGAGCGAGGGGCAAGAGGAGGACCUGCUCAGGGAGGUGGACGAGCUGCGAUCUGAGAAUGACUAUCUCAAGGAUGAGUUGGAUGAACUGCGAGCCGAAAUGGAGGAAAUGCGAGACAGCUAUCUGGAAGACGAUGUUUACCAGUUACAGGAACUACGCCGGGAACUGGACCGAGCCAAUAAGAACUGCCGAAUUUUGCAGUAUCGCCUCAGGAAAGCAGAGCAAAAAAGCUUAAAAGUUGCACAGACAGGCCAAGUUGAUGGAGAACUUAUAAGAAGCCUGGAACAAGACUUGAAGGUAGCCAAAGACGUUUCUGUCCGAUUGCACCACGAGCUGGAAAACGUAGAAGAAAAGCGAAUCAAAGUAGAAGAUGAAAAUGAACUCCUGCGACAGCAAAUCAUUGAGAUGGAGAUAUCUAAGCAGGCUCUUCACAACGAGCUGGACAGAGCAAAGGAGAGCACUCUGAAGAGAAGAGGUAGCAGAGAGAUGCACAAGGAUAAAAAGAUAUCUGGACAGGAGGACAGUGCUGAUCUAAAAUGCCAGUUACAAUUUGCCAAAGAGGAAGCAGUGUUGAUGCGGAAGAAAAUGGCAAAGUUAGGAAAGGAGAAGGAUGACCUAGAGCAGGAAUUGGAGAAAUACAAGUCUAUUUAUGGAGAUGUUGAUAGUCCUCUUCCAACUGGGGAGACUGGGGGUCCGCCAAGCACUAGAGAAGCAGAGUUAAAACUCCGCCUUAAGCUGGUUGAAGAGGAAGCCAACAUUCUGGGCAGGAAAAUAGUUGAGCUAGAGGUUGAAAACAGGGGUAUUAAAGCUGAAAUGGAAGAUCUCAGGUGUCAGUAUGAAAAAGAGUUUCUAAGCAGGGAAUAUGUUUCAAGCAUUCCUACCUCACCAUAUGGUGAUUCCAUGGAAUCUGCCACAGAACUGCGUCGACAUCUCCAAUUUGUGGAGGAAGAGGCAGAGCUGUUGAGGAGAUCCAUUUCUGAGAUAGAGGAUCACAACAAACAGCUUACUACUGAGCUGAAUAGAUUCAAGUUUGGACCAGACCAGGAUCUAGUCUGGAUAGAUGACAGCACCUCUAAAUGCAAUGGAUCUGUGCAGGAGGAACUGAAGACAGCUAGAACCCAGAUCAAUGAAUUAAGUGGUAAGGUGAUGAAACUUCAAUAUGAAAACAGAGUUUUAUUGUCUAAUGUUCAACGUUACGAUCUUGUAUCUCACUUGGGAAUGCGAACAGCAAGCCCACGGGAUAGUGAUGCAGAAAGCGAUACAGGGAAGAAAGAAAGUGAUAGCGAUGAUGGGCGCUUUACUCAACCAAAGAGGGAAGGACCAGUUGGUGGAGAAAGUGACUCUGAAGAAGCUUACGAAAAGACAUCUGGUUUUGAGAGUGUAAAGCCUUCCGAAAUUGGGGACCUGUAUCCAGUUAAAACUAAAGAAGAUACCAAUUUUUUUCUAAACAUAAGACGUGAGGCUGAAAGGUUAGAGAGAGCUUUGGAUAGACUUAUUACAGAUACUGAUAGCUUGAUCGGUGAAACCAAAGUGCAGAUGUCAACCUGUUCCAUAGGCGAAGCAAUAAAAAGCUGUCCAGAAAGAGAACGCUACACAGAGACAGAUAUUUUAGAUAGCAUCAACACAAAAAUGAAAGUUUUCCAGAAAGAACUGCAUAACUUUGUAGAAAUAGUGGAUCACACAAGGGAUAGCCUAAACGAACAUGGAGAAGACCUGUCACCAAUGCCUAAUCUCACUGAAUCUUCUAGCUUCUUGUCCACUCUGACUUCAGUGUCUCGGGAUUCCCCUAUUGGAAAUCUGGGAAAAGAUCUCACUCACGACUUUCAGUCCAAACUGAGGGAACAAACGGAAUGGCAGCACAGCAAUGACCUUGAAGAAGAUAGUCAUCGUGUUCUUGUAAAUCAUGAGUCACAUCGCAGAGCUGAUGGAGACAUUAAACACUACAGGCCAAGAGACAAUGGCUGUUUCAGUCUAGAGCUCAGCAAUCAUGUGCCAGCCGAAAAGAGUUCAACUCUCCGAGAAUUGCAGGCCAUUCUGGAGCAGGAAAGGAGACUGCAUCAAGAAGAAUGUGAAAAGGUGACAGACCGGAUCAUUCAGCUGGAAGAGGAACAUCUGAAAAACCUACGCAGGAAAGAUUUGGAGGUCCAGAGCCUCACUCUGCAGAAUAAGUUGGAAGAGAAAACCUGGGGCCAGGAGAAGAGUCUCUUAGAUCAGGAAGUGAGGAACUUCAAACAGAAUGUCUUUGUUUUGUAUGUCAAGUUAAAGUGGCUCCUGGCCCAGUGGCGUCAGUGCAAGAGGGUGGAACAAGAAGAAGUGGGGGACAAAUUGCUGCAGAUUGAUCAAUUGCCAGCCCUUCCAGAGUUUGCUGUUCACACUGAGUUCAGGGUAAGUGACCCUGAUAUGGAGGAAGCAGAAGACACAGAUGAGGAUGCAGUGUUUGCCUUACCAGAUUAUACCCAACAUUCCACAGCUGAAAAUAUCAGCCCCCAACUCCAGACAGCUGAACUGCUCCAGCACCAGAAGCAGGCCGGGGAAAAUCGACGUCUCCUUGAUGCAUUUAAGGGCUUAUUAGAUGAUUUUCGAUCCGAGUUGCAUGACGAAGAGAGAGAGAAACAUGAAAUCCAGCAGUAUUACGCAGAGGAGAAGGCAUCUUGGAAAGUUACAGAGACUGAAUUCAAGUGUCGGCUAGAACAGUAUGAAGAAAAGAGGCAGAAAGUCCAAGGAGAAACAAGUCCCAGUGAAUCAAAGUCAUCAUUUAAGCGUGAGCGAGAGGAGCAUAAGAAGUUGCUUGCUGCAAGUCACAGUCUGGUGAUGGACCUACGGAGACAAAUCCAGCAAACUGAGAAGAACUGGUGCCGGGAGAAAGGGGACCUAAUGGAUCGCUUUGACAGGGAACGCCGUGAUUGGGAGAGGCAGUAUAUGGAGUUCCAAAGGAAAAUAGAUAUGCUCCAAAAAGAAGCAGGCUCAAGAAGAACAGAAGCCUUCAUUGGAGAUGAAAAGGAUGGCGCUCUCAGUCAUUUCCCGUCAAAUGGCAAUCUACAUGUGACCCAUGCCCUUGGGGCAAGAUCCUUCUCAGAAUCUGAUGAUGUGCAGUUUGAGGAGGAGGAGGAACUGUUGCCCAAACUGAAGGGAACUGAUCGGUGCUCCAGGUCUGAAAAUCUAUUUCUAGAUGCCCUUUCUCUGGAUUCUUCAGAUGAAGUUGAUAUUGUUCAGCCUCAUAAACUAGAACGGGAUAAACUCUCUGAGGGAGAGAUGCAAAAGGGUGGUUUGCAGAGGGUAAUGUCCGUCUCCUCUAUGUCUGAAUUCCAUCGCUUAAUGGAGAGCUCACCUUUUCUUCCUGAGAAGAAUCUGGAUAGUGUCAGCGACAAGGAUGAAUUAACACCUCCCUUGUCUCCUGAUGAUCUGAAAUAUAUUGAAGAAUUUAACAAAAAUUGGGAUUACAGUAACAUCAGUAACAUAGGCUUGGGCGAUAAAAUGGGUGGAGCUUCUGGGGUUGGAGCAGGAAAUGGGAAAACAGAAAAAGAUUUGUCUACUGAAACAUUCCAGGCGCCGUCAUGGUUCCCUACAACUAGUGUUACUAUGACAACAAAUACGCUGACCAAUCCUGAACACUGCCCAAAACAGUCACCUCGAAGUCACACAGUAGCAGAAAGAGUGGGAAUCAGGGUCUUCCAUAGCCCUCCUGUGGUACGUAGGUUUGAUAAAUCGGCCCUUAGCAAUGAGGAGAACUCACAUGUCGAUUCUGAUUUAUUGUUUUCUGUGACCAAAGCAAAAGGGAAUGUCUCUGAAGCAAGAGGUGGUCCCACAGAGGUGUUUGGAAGAUGGCCAUGUGAUCUAAACAAACACCAAAAAGACUUUAUGGACAGUGGUCUCAACCUUAUAGACCGCCCUGUUUGCACUACAGUGGGAUUUGCUUCUUCGCUGCACAAUUUAGAAUUAUCACGAAAUAUGAGUGAUGACAUGAAAGAAGUUGCCAACUCUGUAAGAAAUGCAAUCCGAACAAACCCUGCAGACUCCCAAUUCAAAGACAUAGCUUGUCAAACCAAUGGGUUGAGGAAUACAGGGACACAAACCACGCAAACCAUUAGUGUUGGCUUGCAAACUGAAGCUUUACGAAGUAUCACCAGCAGUCCACACAAGUGUCUGACUCCAAGAGGCGGGAGUACUCCUAUAUCCUCACCUUCACGUAGUAUAAGAAGCAGGCAGAUGGCUCCAGCUAUUGAAAAGGUCCAGGCGAAGUUUGAACGCAGUUGCUGUUCUCCAAAAUAUGGCUCUCCAAAACUGCAGAAGAAAAUUCUUCCAAAAACAGACCAGCCAACUAACCGUGCCACAUUAGUAACUCCUCAGAAAGGAUUCAGUGAGUCUGCAUGGGCUCGAUCAACAACAACAAGGGAGAGUCCUGUUCACACCACAAUAAAUGAUGGUCUUUCCAGUCUGUUCAAUAUUAUUGACCAUAGCCCAAUACAUUGUGACCAUUUGCAGAAACUCUCUAGGCCAAAUAGCAGAUCUAGGUCUGCAGAACCUAGGUCAGAAUUCGGGAACAUGCCUGAAAUGUACAUGGAUGGAAGAGGGAGAUCACCUAGUCCUAUUCGUGUAUUAAUAGACCUACAUAGGGAACAUGCUGAUGUUAAUGCUGGUAGACCGGAUCUUUCCACUCCACCAGGUUAUUCCUUGACAGAGAAUACUGCCAGAGUUCUGAGUAAGAAAUUAUUGGAAGAACAAAGACAGACUCCAAAUAGCCCUUCCAGAGUUUGCAGAGACCACACAGCAGCAGAAAUAAUCAAAAUUGAACCAGGAUCCAUUGAGGAACUGCCUUGUUCUGAGUUCGCUCCGUCCCUAGAACCCAGUUUCUCCCGACCUGAGAGACCAGCGAACCGACGCCUGCCUUCCAGAUGGGCAUCGCAUUCCCCUACUGCCUCCCCGGCUCCUUCGACUGGAAAUCUAAGCGUUGCUGACGAGCAGGGAAACCAGGAAAAAAAAGUGGAUGACAUAGAAGAUUGAUGUCACCAUGCAUGAAUUAUCAGUACUGCAACCCAGAUCAGUCUCCACCCAUACAGAAUUGUUAUAUUUUUUCAACCAGAGGAAUGCUCUGUGCAAAUGCCGAAUGUUCAACUUGUGGAACAUGUGAUUGUGUUUAUAGAAUGGAACAUCUUAUGUGCCUGUAUGAGAUAACCAUAUGUAUGUCUUCAUUUUCCAAAAAUUACAUUUAAAGUAAGACAUUACGAAAGAAAACGAAUGCUUAUUAUCCUCAGUGUUGACUGCCUUUUUUAGUUUUUUGUUUUCGUUUGUUCUGGGUUUUUUUAACUGUUCCCACGGAAUUUAUGUUUCUUUUUUAUUUUAAUUACCUACUUGCUUAAGUAUUUGGGGAUGAUUUCUAUUUUUUAACAUUAGAAUAUUGAAAGAAUGUUUAUUUUUAAAAAGUGCAUAUUGUCUGAAGAUAUAGUAAAAGAAGAAAGCCAUUUUAGUUGGACGAAUAGAAAUGUACUUUAUGAAAGUCAUCAAAAAAAUCUGGCAAAAAAUGUCUUAUCAAGUUGGCUGUAUGCAAAAAAAAUAAAGAUAUGUCACUUGAUAGCAUAUUCAGGCACUUUAGUGCAUGUAUAUAAUUGUGCUGUAACGAACCAUCAUUCAUAAGAAUGAGUCUAUGUUUUACUGUAAUACUGUUGUGACUUACGUACUGUAAUUUUAUUGUUAGUUUACUUGCACUGAUAACACGGGAAAAUACUUUUUAAAUGACCGUUCACCAGCUAUAUAUGUACAACUCUCUGUGAAGUUUCAUGGAAAAGCCAAGGCAUAAUGAAAUGUAACGGAUUAUGUUUAGAGCUAUGUACAGGCUGCGGUGAAAUGAAAAUAAAGCCCUUAUCGUAUAAA